UGAGAGCAAGUGUGUGUGUGUGUGUGUGUGUGUGUGUGUGUGUGUGAUGGACACACAGUGUGAAACCCCCUCAGUUAAGGAGCUGGAACGGAUCCUGUAUGGAGGGAAACGAAGCGGAAACCAUGUGGACGAGGUCUGGCCCAACCUGUUCCUGGGAGACAUGUCGAUAGCUAACGAUCGCUACAGCCUGUGGAAGCUCGGGAUCUCGCACGUGCUGAACGCUGCUCACGGGAAACCGCACUGCCACGGCAGCCACGAGUUUUACGGCUCAUCUGUGGAGUACUACGGCGUUCCUGCAGACGAUUCGCCGUCCUUUAAUCUCACUCCUUACUUCCAGCUGUGUGCAGACUACAUCCAUCAGGUGCUGAAUUCUCCCGGAGCACGGUUGCUGGUGCACUGUGCAGUAGGUGUGAGUCGUUCUGCUUCGUUGGUUCUCGCCUACCUGAUGAUCCACCACCAGUUCCCCCUGCUGGACGCCAUCAACACGGUGAAACAGUGCCGAUGGAUUUUCCCGAACCGCGGAUUUCUCCGGCAGCUUCGAGCGCUCGAUAUCAGACUGCACAGCACACGGAGUCACACAACGGCAUGA